CUUGACUACCCUCUCUCAAAGGGUAACUUCAUAAAAACGUUAUAAAACACACACAGAUUAUUAAAAUGUAGUCUAUUACUUUUUCUUUGGGGACAAAGAGCAGUAGUUAAAUUUUCAAAAGAUUAUAUAAAAAUAUGGUGUAAGGUUGAGAAUCUUCUACGGCGGCGAGCCUCACGCACAAGGACGCUUGCCUUCCUAAGUUAUAUGUCUCUUAGCUCUUUAUUAUUCAAUUUUUUUCUUUUAAAUCCCAACUUGGGUUUUUAAUAUAUACUAUUUAUGUCUAUAUAUAUGGUCAUCUAUCUUUGUUUCUGUGCAAACAUCACUUUCUUGCUCCCAAAGCAAAUCUUCUUCUUCUUCCUUGGAGAUUCUCCAAGACAUCAGCAACAAACUGGACAGACUCUGUCGGAAAGAGAAUUAAAAGUUAGAAAAAAGUCACAAAACUCAGCAAAGAAACUAGUUAAAUCUUGUCGGAAAUAAAGAAUGAGUUGCAAUGGUUGCCGUGUGCUCCGAAAAGGUUGCAGCGAGAACUGCAUCCUCAGGCCAUGUAUCCAAUGGAUAGAAACCGCCGACGCUCAGGGACACGCCACCGUCUUCGUCGCUAAAUUCUUCGGCCGCGCCGGUCUAAUGUCUUUCAUCUCCGCCGUACCGGAACCUCAACGUCCCGCUCUGUUUCAGUCUUUGUUAUACGAAGCUUGUGGGAGAACAGUGAAUCCAGUCAACGGAGCUAUAGGAAUGCUGUGGACGGGUAACUGGAAUAUCUGCCAAGCUGCGGUUGAGACGGUGCUUCGCGGCGGUUCUUUGAGACCCAUCCCGGAGCUUCUCGCUCACGGCGGUGGAUUCGCCGGCUUUCCAUCGGAAGAAGGGUCUGAGAUCUGCACGGGAAUGCUGAACCUUAAUGAUGGUUCCAGCGACCGUAACAUCUACCAUCAUUCUAGAUUCUCAAGCUCAAGAUCCAGAUCUACGCUGGACUCUUCUGCCAAGAAGCGUAAGCGAGUUGAUUCUUCCGAGCUCGAUCUUUCACUAAACCCUAAUUUAUCCACUAAAACAACGCCUUCUCCCACACGGCAGCGAUCAGGAACACCGUCCAUGAACUCUGAGGAGUCAGUGGCGACCACGACGUCGUUUUGGGAUGCCACUGCAACAGGUGAACGCUACGGUAACGGCGGAGGAGGAGAAACAAGACAGCUGCUUAACCUUUUUGUUUAAGGAAACUUUCUCUGCUUUAAUUAGGGUUUAAAAAUGUAAUUUUACACAUUGUCUUUCCCUCUUUUCGUGGAUACAAAAAUAUUUGGACCGACGAGUUAGCUAUGCAGUUUUGUUCUCUCGGUUGAUAUUUAGUAUUAAGAGUAUUUGCAUCCUAUAGUAUUAAUUAACCAAUGUUAUCUUUUUUUGAGUGAAAAAAAAUGAUAAUCCAUCUCUAUUUUCA